UGUUGUCCUCUGCUUUUCUCUUUGUCCUCUUUGGUUUGGAAAGAAAAAGCGUACUUGUACAAAAGCGAUCAGCCUCUUCAAUAAUACGAUGAGCAUGUGAGAAGUUGUUGAGUGACGAGUGUCUCAUCACAUCGGCGGAGAUGAUGAUGGACAACACGGCUGAGGCUGAGUACACGAGGGCUAAAACGUCGGUUUGGUGGGACAUUGAGAACUGUGCUGUUCCCAAGGGUUAUGAUGCUCAUGGGAUCACUCAGAAGUUAACCACAGCGCUGGCUAAUAUGAAUUACUGUGGUCCUCUCUCUAUCUCUUCCUAUGGCAACACAGAUCUCAUCCCUAAAGCUGUUCAACAAGCUCUCUCCUCCACUGGAAUCUCUCUUAACCACGUCCCCUCCGGAAGGAAAGACGCCAGUGACAAGAAGAUUCUGGUGGAUAUGUUUUUGUGGGUGGUGGAGAAUCCUCCUCCGGCUAAUAUAAUGCUUAUCUCCGGUGACAUAGACUUCUCUGAUGCUCUUCACCGGCUGCGAAUGAGAAGAUACAACAUUCUUCUAGCACACCCUCAAAGAACUUCACCUUACCUGGUUGCUUCUGCUAAGACCUCAUGGCUCUGGAGAAGCUUAUUAUUAGCAAGUGGGAGUUCUCUCACACAGUGUGAAUCCUCAGGGGUACUUGAGAGCUCUGAAGUAUCUAGUGAAGAUGUUUCUGAAUCCACACAACCAAUGGAUUCAGGGUCUGGUUCUAGUAGGUCUGCGCGAAGCAAACUCAAAGGAAUCUAUGUCCCAAAAGCACCAAACGAGCUCUUAGUAAAGGAGACGAAUAGAAAGAAGCUUCAGAAGAAAUGUAGUGAAACUAAAAACGUUGAAGAAAGUGUUCAAGAGAAUGACCAGGAGUCUUUGAAGGGCUUGGAGAAACAGAACAAGGAACUGAUGGAGACUAUUGAAACAUCUGAAAGAAAUGUAGCUCCUCUCCAUGUAGAUCAUGUCUUCAGUGAACUAAGCCGCGACUUUCCGGUGCCCAAAGAAGUGAGCAGAGAGAGUUUUGAUGCAAUCCCCAUGAAACUAGAACCUACACAAAAUGAGAUUGUGAUUGAGGAGUUGGAAGGCAUGCUCAAACAGAUCUUACAAAUAAAGCCAGGUGAGCUAGAAAAUGAACCUGUAGGCCUGAGUGAGAAUCUAAAGGAGGACAUGAACAAGAAGAAGAAAAAGAGGAACAAGAAGAAGAGUAGAGUGAUUGAAGAAGAUAAAGCUGAACCAUAUGUUUGCAGUAUCUGCAGUGUUAUUUGUGAUAGUCCUGCCAUGUUCGAGUCUCAUCUUAAUGGUCGUAAGCAUGCUGCUACCAUUGAGAAGCACGCAGAGGCUCUACUUGGUGAUAAGCAAAUACCAGAUGAUGUUAUUCAAUAUAAUGGUCACUUGAUAGAUGGAGAGGCAUCUGAGAACAUCGACUACUUUGAAGACGUACCAGAGAUUGAUUACAAAUCUUUUCCAAAUGAAGAAGCUAGGGAAUGGAUUGAUGCCAUUUUCAACACACCAGAGCUUUCACAAGAUGCAAAUCUGACCCGGGAGUUUGAGAGUAUACUAAACCAGAGCCUGGAGAUGAACUCAGGCGGCUAUGAAGGAGUCACUGAGCAUCCAGAGGAGUUCAAGGACAAGGUGAGUAAAGAUAAAUCUGAGUCUGAAGCAUAUGUGUGUAGUAUCUGCAGUGUGGUAUGCGCUUGUCCAACUGUCUUUGAGUCUCAUCUGAUGGGUCGAAGGCACGCUGCCAAGGUAAAGAAACAUGCAGAGGUUCUCUUUGAUGAUAAGAAGAUUCUAGAAGAAAGCCUUAAAGAAAAAGAUCACCCAGAAGACUCAAUGGUCAAGAGAUUAGAAGUUUCUCUAGAGGAUACGUCAAAGCAGACGGUGGUUGAGGCUGGAAGCGCAUCUGAGCUUGUGGACGUGACGUGCAGUUCCCAAAUUGAUUUUAAUUCUCAUCUGACAGGUAAGAAGCAUGCUGCCACUGUGAAAAAGUAUGAACCCGUUGUGAAGAAGGAAGGUGCCGUGGUGAAGAAGCAAGCUGGGACCAAAUUUGCUUAUGUUAGAAAGAAUGGGCCUUAACUGGGCCUUUGUAUUUUCCCGCCCUCAAUAAUUAUCCACUGUUAUGUGGUUGACAAACAAAAUACUGUGAUUAGUGGGCGGCCACUUAAGGCUUAUGAUUAAAAUGUGUGUAUUUUCCAAAUAAAAGGCUUAUGAUUAAAAUGUAAAA